AUGGGAGGAAUCAAAUUUAAAAUUCCAAAGUUCUUUGGAAAAACUGAUCCAGAGGAGUACAUUAAAUGGGAAAAAGAGGUGGAGAAUGUGUUUGCUUGCCAUAAUUUUAGUGACAAGCAGAAGGUUAGAUUUUGUGUUGCUAAAUUUAAGGAUUACGCUCAAACUUGGUGGGACAAGUUAACGACUGGAAGGAGAAGAAAUCUUGAGGCACCAAUUAUUUCAUGGUAUGAAUUCAAAGAUUCCAUGAGGAAACAUUUUGUUCCAAAUCAUUUCCAAAGGGAUAUGGCACAAAGGCUUCAAGCACUGAGGCAAGGGAACAAGUCUGUGGAAGACUACUACAAAGAGAUGGACAUUUUGAUGGAUCGACUUGAUCUUGAUGAGGACAUGGAGACUCUCAUGGCACGAUUUUUGAAUGGCCUCAACAAGGAGAUUGCUGACAAGGUUGAUUUGCAGCCAUAUUUUGACAUAGAGGAGAUGUUGCAUCUUGCCAUCAAAGUGGAAAAACAUUUGAGUACCAAAAGAGCAAGGUACACUUCUUCUAAACCUUCUUCUUCUCUCAACUCAUCAUGGAAAAAUGAGAAUAGAAGUGAUUUUAGAAGUAGAGAUAAAUUUGUGAAAGAAAAUUCUAAAGAAAAAGGCAAUGCGUUUGUUACUAGAAGAGCUUUAAGUGCUCAAGUUAAAGAAGAUCUAGUGGAGGAGCAAAGGGAAACAUUGUUUCAUACUCGAUGUCAUGUACAUGGAAAGGCAUGUUGUGUAAUCAUUGACGGUGGGAGUUGUACUAAUGUUGUUAGUACAUUACUUGUCAAAAGAUUGGUUUUGACCACGAUACCACAUCCUAGACCAUACAAACUUCAGUGGUUGAAUAAUAGUGGGGAAGUGCGAGUCAAUAGACAAUGUCUUGUGUCUUUUUCUAUUGGAAGAUACAAUGAUAGUAUCUUAUGUGAUGUUGCACCUAUGCAUGCUAGAGAGAUUUUAUUAGGAAGGCCAUGGCAAUUUGAUAGAAAAGCAAUUCAUGAUGGCUAUCUUAAUCGCUACAAAUUCACUAAAGAUGAAAGGAAAACCAUUCUUCUUCCUUUGUCAACCAGAGAUGUGUAUGAUGAGCAAUGCAAAUUGUUGCAGGAAUUUAAGGACAUUUUUCCUGAAGAUCUACCAAGUGGGUUGCCACCACUAAGGGGGAUUGAACACCAAAUUGACUUCCUUCUAGGAGCAGUUAUUCCAAAUAGGCCAGCUUAUCGAGCUAACCCUACCGAGACAAAAGAAAUUCAAAAGCAAGUUGAUGAGUUGCUUGCCAAAGGAUACGUGAGAGAAAGUCUCAGUCCUUGUUCUGUUUGUGUCAUCUUGGUUCCAAAGAAAGAUGGAGCUUGGAGAAUGUGUGUGGAUUGUAGAGUCAUCAACAAGAUUACGAUAAAGUAUCGUCAUCCUAUCCCUAGACUUGAUGAUAUGUUAGAUGAAUUGCAUGAAUCUGUUUUAUUUACUAAAAUUGAUCUUAAGUUUGGAUACCAUCAAAUUAGGAUGAAAGUUGGCGAUGAAUGGAAAAAUGCAUUUAAGACUAAGCAUGGAUUGUAUGAGUGGUUAGUUAUGCCUUUUAAUCUUACCAAUGCACCUAGUACUUUUAUGCGUCUCAUGAAUCAUGUUUUGCGUGAAUACAUAGGAAAAUGUGUGGUAUUUUACUUUGAUGAUAUUCUGGUUUAUUCCACGUCUUUAGAAGAGCAUGUGGAGCAUGUUAGGAAGGUUUUACUUGCAUUAAGAAAAGCUCAGUUGUUUGCCAAUCUGAAAAAGUGUGCAUUUUGA